AACUAAACGAAAAAUAAAAUACAAUUUAAAAACCCAUAAUUUUCUACAAAUAAACAAUAAAAUUAUAAAAACCGGAAAAUAGCAAUUAAAUUUUUCUCUCCUUUGCCGAAAUUAAUCGAAAUGCGGCCGAAAAAUUAAUCAAAAUUCAAACAAAAGAAAAUAUUUUGCUCAAAAUAAUAAAAAAAAAGUCACCUAACCUAGUCAAAAUAAUUACGAAAAUAAACGGAAGCAUCGAAGAAAUUCAUAUAUCAUCUGGCAAUACUAACAUAAUAAAUGACCAUUAAAACAAAUCCGUCCAGAAAAAUUAAACUCAGAUCACAAAACUAAAAAUACCAAUGGAAAAUUUUUUUUUAUUAAUUGUAAAUUAGAACCACAAGAAAAAAACCAUCUAAAUGGCAGAAUACAACGUUAACUAUAAAUUAUUCAAUUCAAAAAAGUAUUGCCAGACUAGAAAAAUAUCUAAAAAAUUCAUUGUUUCAAUAAAAAGAUGAUACAAUUUUAUAAAUGUACAGAACCGUUUCAAAAAGUAGUGACACACAAAUUGACUAAAACUUUUCAAAAAAUAAAAAAAAAAUCAUAGAAAAAGUGUGCAAAAUUUGUGAAAAACACAAAAAAAAAAAUAUCCGAAAAGCAAUAAAAUCCGGAAACAAAACUUUAAAAAAAAAAAAUUUAAAUUAAAAAAAAAAAACAAUUCCUGCUAUUUUAGAUACCUUUUUUGAAUUUCACUUAAUAAAAGGGAAAAAAAACAAUUCUAAAUGCAGUACAACCACCGUCAGCUUGUUAAUAUCAAAUGCUGUCGGUUGUUUUAAGUUUAACAACGAUAACAAUGAAUCGAGGGGAGCAAGAAACUCUCUUCAGGCAGUCACAUAAUAUCAGACUGCUACAAAAUGAAGCAAAAGCUGUACGACAGUUAUUAAAUACAAAUUUUGAUGGUGGUGGUAAUUUAAACCGUUUUGGUACAACAUUAUCACCAACAUCAACUAUGACAUCAUUACAAACUGCAUCAGCAAUACAACAACAGCAUCAACGUAAUCGCGGUUUUUCAUAUGGUAAUAUACAUCAAGUUAGUAAUUUAUAUUCACAAUCAUAUAAUUCACGUUCAUUUGGUGAAGAUAGACCAUUUGGUAGUGGUCCAUCAGAUGAUUUAGUAUUAUCUGUAUUAAAAACACCACUUAAAGAAUUACCCCAACCAUCAAUAGCAACAACAAUGACAACAGCAACAUCAUCAACAACACCAAGUCAACAUUCAUGCGCAUAUACAGCAUUACAAGGUUCUGAAGAUGAAUUAGUUGAUGAUAUUGAAUCAGCUGCAACACCAGAUAUAUUAGAAACAAAAAAUCAUUAUCAUCAUUCAAAUGAAACACAUCAUCAUACAUCAUCAUCGAAAUCACCAUUUAAUUUUUUAAGAAGGUUUCGUCCCGGACGUGGCGGACCACGUUUUGAAGCACAUCAUAGACGUGUACCGACACCGAUUCGCCGUAAGAGUCGUGGUCGUAAUAAAUUAGAUACCGAUGAUAUAUUAGAUAAAUUAGCAGCGGAAAGAGAUGAUGACCUUGAUGGAGCUGAAGAAAAUGAUCCAACAUUACCACAAGAUCCGACUGCACCAACUGGUAUACCAGAUCCAUAUUAUCCUAUUGCACUGCCAAUUGAUCAAGCAUUCAAAGCCAAAUAUGUUUUCCAUCAUCGACGUGGUAAAACAUUUCAAGAAAAAUGUUAUGUAUUCCUUGAACAUCCUGGCGGAUGGUGUUGUUUUAUGUACCAUUUUUCAGUAUUUCUAUUAGUAUUAGUCUGCCUAAUAUUCAGUGUCCUUUCCACAAUAGAUACAUAUCAAGAUUUUGCAAAUGAAACACUCUUUUGGAUGGAAAUAUGUUUAGUUGUAUUUUUUGGUGUUGAAUAUAUUGUUAGAUUAUGGUCAGCCGGAUGUCGUUCAAAAUAUAUGGGUUUUUGUGGUAGAUUACGUUUUAUAAGGAAACCAAUUUGUAUUAUUGACUUAAUUGUUGUGGUUGCUUCCAUGGUAGUUUUAUCAGUUGGUUCUAAUGGACAAGUGUUUGCAACAAGUGCUAUUCGUGGUAUACGAUUUUUGCAAAUUCUUCGUAUGUUACAUGUUGAUCGUCAAGGUGGUACAUGGCGUUUAUUAGGCUCAGUAGUUUUUAUUCAUAGACAGGAAUUAAUUACAACAUUGUAUAUUGGAUUUUUGGGAUUAAUAUUUAGCUCAUAUUUUGUAUAUUUAGCGGAAAAAGAUGCUGAACCAGAUGGUAAACGUAGUGAUUUUCGUUCAUAUGCUGAUGCAUUAUGGUGGGGUGUUAUUACGGUAACGACAAUAGGUUAUGGUGAUACAGUGCCACAAACAUGGAUGGGAAAAAUUGUAGCAUCAUGUUUUAGUGUAUUUGCGAUAUCAUUUUUUGCAUUGCCAGCUGGUAUUUUGGGUAGUGGUUUCGCUUUAAAAGUACAACAAAAACAACGUCAAAAACAUUUUAAUAGACAAAUUCCAGCAGCUGCUAUGUUAAUACAAUGUUUAUGGCGUUGUUAUGCAGCUGAUAAAAGUUUUCAUAGUGAAGCAACAUGGUUAAUACAUGUCAAACAUGAUAGUGAUUCAGCACAAAAUAAUUCAAAUACAGUAUUGCCAACACAAUUAGGAAAGACCCUCAUGGUACAGGUUGCCAAACGUGGUGCAAGUGUUUUGAAACGAAGGAAAUCAAGAAAUCGUAUGGAUGCUAAUCAACAACAGCAAUCAUCCCAAAAUCAACAGCAGACAACAACGACAUCAAGGACACAAACACCUCCUCCAAAUAGUAUGAUAGCAUCUGGUACAAAUGUUGGUAACGAUGGUAGUGGUAAUACUGGUAGUGGUCCAGGAAGUGGUACUGGUACUGGAUCCAAUCAACAACCAAUUAGAAGUGAAUCAAAUGAUGGUGAUGUUGUAUUUUAUGUUGAAGAACCAAGAGCAGGAACACCAAAUCGAGUUCGAAAAAAUGAACAAAUUACACGUGCCCCAUUUGUUAGUCAAAAUAGUUCUGUAACAGAAGCACCAAGUGAUGAAGUUGAACCAGAACAAGAGCAAGAUGAAGAUCCGGAACCGGCUAGAGUAACUACUUUAACAGAAGCUCAUCGUAAUGCAAUUAGAGCGAUAAGAAAAAUUAAAUAUUUUGUAGCGAGAAGAAAAUUUCAGCAAGCUAGAAAACCGUAUGAUGUACGUGAUGUUAUAGAACAAUAUUCUCAAGGACAUUUAAAUAUGAUGGUUAGAAUAAAGGAAUUACAACGACGUUUAGAUCAAACAUUAGGUAAACCAGGUAGUUAUUAUGCUGGUAUCGAUAGAGUAGGUAAUGUUAAACCAAUGACUGUUGGUGCACGAUUAUAUCGUGUUGAACAACAAUUAUUUAAUAUGGAAAAGAAAUUAGAUCAUAUGAUGCAUGCAAUAAAUAGUUUAACUGUAAGAGCAUUAUCGAAUGCAGCAAGUACUACAAAUUUAUCUGGUUACGGUCAAUUGCAAGCAUAUCAAACACAACCAAAUCAAUUAGUUUCAGCAUCAUCAACAGUAACACUUGCUGCACAUCAAAUUGCACCUGCAGCAACAACAAAUACAAUAGGUAGUAUUAUAUCACCAAUACAAAGUGGUAAUAUUAAUAACAAUAGUGGAAUUGGAACUAGUACUAUUAGUAAUGAACAAAAAUUUUUAAAUGAUAUACAAAAUAAUAUAAGCACAACAAUACCUGGUAAUAAUUUAAAAAAUAAUUUAAUAAAUGAUAGUGAUCCAUUAAGUGGGACAAUUAUAGUUACGGGAAUAUCAUCAUCAAUACCAUCAUCAUCAUCAGUAGUUACAACAGGUACAGCAUCAACAACAAUAAAUAAUGAUAAAUCUGGUAGCCGUUUAUCAUCAUUACCAUUAUCAAGUACUGAAAUAUCAACGUCUCCACUACUACAACAACAGCAACAACAACAAGCAAUUGCAACAGCAGCAGUAGCAAAUGUAACACAAAAAAUUUUAGAAGAUGAUGUGUAGGAUUUAUGUUCCCUUCCCCUACCUCCCAAACGUCAGUCAAAUUCACAUACUGAAGUUUUAUUGUAGUAAUUAUUUUAUGUUAUACUUUUAAGUAUAAUUUAGUUAACAUAUCGUUUAUUGUUAUUUUUAUACAAAAUAAUUUUA